CACGUUUUCGCCUUUUUUUUUUUAUAGCACUGUACAAAUUCAGCUUUCCAUUAAAUACCCAUACCAAUAUCAUAAUAUAGAGAUAGUAUAUUGUUUUUCUCAGUAUUGAACUCUUAAUUUAUCCUUGAUCUCUAGCUUGUGCUAUAUAUGGCUGACCCCAAUAAUCCCACCAACGUGCCUCAAUUAGACCAACCUUCUCACCCACCCGUACCAUCAUCCUCAGACCACCUAAACAUCCAAGUCCCACAUCCCCUCAUCACAACAAGUACUCACACGUGCGAGAACCCUUCUCCCACGUGUGACAAAUUACCUCCUACUACUACUCCCAAAACCACUAUGGCCUCAAGUUCCUCCGGGAAACACCCAAUGUAUCGUGGAAUCAGGCGCCGGAGUGGAAAAUGGGUGUCUGAAAUCCGUGAACCACGCAAAACUACCCGUAUAUGGCUCGGUACGUACCCAACGCCGGAAAUGGCUGCGGCUGCCUAUGAUGUGGCUGCCCUAGCCCUAAAAGGCAGCGAAGCUGUUGUUAACUUCCCUGCCUCUGUUGCUUCAUACCCGCGCCCUGCUUCUACAUCAUCAGCUGAUAUACGAAAAGCAGCUGCAGCUGCUGCUUCACUAAAAAAGGCUGAAACCAAAAGUGCUGAGACUAAUCUAGGAAUAGGUCAUCAUCAUCAGGCCAAAAAUGAAGAAAUGACAGAAGACUAUGUGGAUGAGGAUGUCUUUUUGAACCUGCCUAAUUUGCUGGUGGACAUGGCUGAGGGAUUGCUGGUGUCGCCGCCAAGAAUAAGCUCGGCUCCAUCCGAUGACUCGCCAGAGAAUUCCGAUGGAGAAAGCUUGUGGAGCUAUUAAUUUGAUCCAUUUUUCCAAUAAUGCUGCUGGAUAUCCUAUUUUUGGUCUUUUGAUUUUCACAAAAUGUGGGCUAGAACAAAGAGUCAAAGACAUGAGUAGCAGGACUUGGCGGCAUUCGAUGCAGCUUUAAGCAUAAACUUGUCUGCCUUUGAAAAAAAAAGAAAUUAGAUAAUGCUAAAUAACGACAAAUAUGGGAAACAAAAAAACAAGAUUUCUAUGAAUAUGAUACAGUGAUUUCCAACAUGAAAAAAUUUUGGAUUUAAGCCGUUGAUUAGGGUUCCAAUAUUUCUUUGCUUACCAUUGCUGUUGUGAUAUAUAGAUAAAAAAAAAUGUAAUAUAUAUUGGCUUGUUUUGUAACAGUACUAGUUUUUUUUAGAUGUUCUUGCAUCUUCUUGUUAGUUCUCUGCCUUU